AUGGCUGCGCGGGAAGUGGACCAACGCUUGCGUGGCAUGCUCGAGCCUCUUCAACAGCAGGAUCCGGACAUUUCCCAGAUCGUGACGUACUCAAAGUUUGUGGUCGCAUACUUCCUGCAGCAGGAUGGGACCAGCCCUGGCUGGCGAAAGGCCAACAUUGAAGGACCAGUGUACCUCGUUCGUCGGAAAUCAGCGCCAUUGUAUCAGGUGAUAGUCAAGAACCAGUUCAGCACCAGUGACCUGAUUGACAACCUGCAUCCGGAGUGGGAGUUGGAUUGUCAGAAGAACUACAUCUUCUACAAGAUUGAGGAUCCGUCGAAGCAGAUUCGAGGCCUUUGGUUCCACAACGAUGCGGAGCGCAUCAAGAUUGAGAACAUGCUGGAGCAGACUAUGGAAGAGCUUCGGAACAAGGGCAUGGAUGUCCAACCAACCAAGCAGGUAGCAGCACAACCACCAAGAGUUGGUGAGUCUGCGGCAAACGGUGAUUCACAGUCCGCCGACGGGGUGGUGGUCACCAAAGAGACGGUGCGUUCAGUACUUCGUGCAAUGGCUGACGAUGAUGCCUUCCUGGAGACCAUUAUGCAGAAGCUGAAGCUAAAGUCGAGUGGGUGA